AUGGAGGAUAGGAAGAGAUCAGCCGCUCAGGAUGACCUCGCGCCUCCGACAAAGAGACAGGCUGUCAAUGGUAGCAGGAACUCAGCUGAUUCCGACCUUCCAUGGGCAAAGGACCUUGAGAACUAUCAAAAGGAUGCGAUCUAUCGUCAGAUGCUUGAGUAUAAGCGCGAGAAGGCCACGUUGGAGUCACAGUUGAGAGACGUCCAAAAAAGAUCGGUUGAUCAUGAUAAUCACUUACGUGUUAUCGAUGCUUGGUGGUCGCAGUUACUGGACGAGGUCCGACUGCUCGGAGAAGACAAGGUCCCCGAAUCAGAUGCCGAUAUAACGUUCACCACAUCACUACAUUUCAAGGGUAGCGAGGAUUUUUCGGAACACCUUCAAUCAAAAGGGAAAGAGAUUAAGUCAAAGCUUACCUCCCUCUUCACGAAUCUCGCUGGGUCCCGUGGCAAGUCCUCGCCAGAUGUCCAGGACCUUCAAGAAAAGAUCGCCAAGCUAUUAGCUUCCCAGAAAGAGUAUAUGGUUAAGCUUGAUAAGUUGCGGACAGAAAAAGAGGAGCUCAGCGAGCGACUGGAAACCGCUUCUCUACGAUAUAUCAAGGCGGAGAAGCGACUAGAUAGAGCCAAAAGCUCAGCCGUCGCAAAGUUAGAACAACAAGCCAUUGCAGGUACAGGCAACAGUGCUGGUAGUGGUAUUGGUGGAGUCGAAAAUGGAGAUGUCGAGAUGGCCAAUGGUGUCGAGGAGGAGAGCGCCGCGUCUCAAACUGCGUACAAAGAGGCUGCUGCAGUUGUCGCUAAGCAAAAAGAGCAGCUUGAGGCGGUAACGGCAGAGAAUAAAAGCCUGACAGAGCAGCUUACGGCAGCCACGACGAGACUCGCUAGUUUGAAUGAAGACGAUUAUGCACGGACGGAACUCUUCAAACAAUUUCGAAUCCAACACGAGGAUGUCAUCAGAAGAAUUAACCAUCUCGAGGCGACAAACAUUCAAUUGCGGGAGGAGGCAGAAAAGUACCAAGCCGAGCGGACAGCCUACCGAACGCAAAUCGAGAACGAAUCCGAUAUCCUUACGGGCGAAUUGGAAAGCCAGUUACAACGCGUCGAUGCUGACCUUACCAGAAUCCGAUCUGCCCGGGAUGAAUUGAUUGCCGAAGUUGGCAUGCGGAAGGCCACCCAAGACCAGGAUCAUACUGCGACUGAACAUCUCAAAGAGCUCUUGGGCGCAAAAGAGGACCGCAUUACAGCCUUGGAACUUGAAGUCGAACGUCUGCGAUCUCGAGUUGAAGAGCAAGCAUGCGAACCAACCCCUCGACCGGAAAUAGAUGCUCUGGACAUGGAACAAUUACGAAGGAAGUACGAGACUAUGGAGCGAGAGCUCGAAUCUAUCAAUAAAGAACUGCCAGCUCUUCAAGGCGCAUACAAGAGAGUGCAAGCUUUGUCGACCAAGAAAGUUAUGGACUUUUCUGCUCUCGAGGAGAAGGUUCAGGUUCUUUCAGCAGAAAAGUCCAAGGCGGAUCAAAAGUAUUUCGCGGCGCGGAAGGAUAUGGAUACCCGUAUUGGCGAAGUGCGAGCAUUAAGGGCCCAAAAUGCGAAGAGUUCGGAGAUCAUUGCACAAUUAAAGGAUGUUGAGACCUCGAACCGGACUCUGCUCAGCAACCUCGAGAAGCAAUUGAGCGAUAUGAGACAAUCAAACACUACAGUCAUGACAGAGAACAAGAAGUUGGAGACGACGACCAGAGAAGCAACCAGCAAAUGCGAAACCCUAAAGAAUCAAGUUGCGGAGCUCACCAAUUUGCUGAAGUCCAAGGAUGCAAGUUACUCGAGCAAUAAGCAACGAAUUCAAUCAAUGGAGCAAGAAUUGGAGCAACUUCGUGCGCGGUAUGAACAAACGCAAAAGGACAGAGAUACCUGGAAGGCAAAGAGUCUGAGUAACCAAUCAGGGGAAGAAGAAAUGCUUAGAACUCUUGCACUCUGCACCAUCUGUCGGAAGGAUUUCAAGAAUACUAUUCUCAAGACCUGCGGACAUCUCUUCUGCAACAACUGUGUCGAAGACCGCAUUGCGAACCGCAUGCGAAAGUGCCCCAAUUGCGCGAAGGCUUUCGACAAAAUGGACGUAAUGACUGCCCACAUGUGA